GUCGUCUUGAAGUCGGCGAAUCGAACCGACUCGAACCUGGCCCGCGAGAUCCACCAUCACAGGCAAUUCGUCCACCCCCAUAUUGCAAGAUUGUAUGAGGUGAUUGUGACGGAGAACUUGGUGUGGAUGGUCCUCGAGUACUGUGCAGGUAAAGUCUCCGAUGAACUACGACAUCUACAUUCUCCAUUCACUCCUCCUACUCGGUCCUCUCGAAGGAGCGAUGAGCUGUACAACUACCUCCUCGAUCAUGGCCCGCUCCCUGUGCCAAAGGUGCAAAAGAUUUUUGCCCAACUAGUCGGCGCCGUUAGCUACGUCCACAUGCAGUCUUGUGUUCACCGCGAUCUCAAACUCGAAAACAUCCUCUUCGAUACACAUGAAAACGUGAAACUUGUCGACUUUGGCUUUACCAGAGAAUACGAAGGCCGGACGAACCAUUUGCAGACCUUUUGCGGAACAAUAUGCUACUCGGCGCCGGAAAUGCUAAAGGGGGAAAAGUAUGCUGGCGAAAAGGUGGAUGUCUGGAGCUUGGGCAUUAUUCUAUACGCCUUGCUCUGCGGAGAGCUCCCUUUUGACGACGACGACGACAACGUAACCCGAAGCAAGAUUCUCACGGAAGAGCCAAACUACCCGGACCACUUUCCUACCGAGGCAAUUCCUCUUAUCAAAUCUCUCCUUUCGAAGCGGCCUCUUCUCCGACCAUCACUUCCAGAAAUCCUAGCUCACCCUUUCCUCGCAGAGCACGCACCGGCGCAGCAGGCUAUUCUCGAACAAAAGGCCCUGCCCCCCUUUUCUACUCUCUUGGAGAAAGAUUGUCUACACCGCAUGCGUAGCGCUGGCGUGGACACUGACUCAGUUAUUGAAAGCGUCCUUGCGCAAAAAUGCGAUGCCUUGGCCGGAUGGUGGACGUUGCUGCUCGAAAAAGAGGAACGAAAGAUGCGCCGGAGGGAAAGAAAGAGGAAAGAAAGAGAGAACGAUAAGAGCCUCCAUAGGAUAUCAGUGGCGUCAAGUCGUUUCGAAAAGAUGCUACAGGAUGUUGACGAGGACGGCGGUCUAACAAAGCAGUUUAUCAAAUUAGGAGAACCAGCAAUGCCCAGAGCUCGGGGAAGACCAGAUCGGAGAAGCGCUCACUACUAUGACCUGGCCAUUGCUGAUAUGUCCUACUUUACCGAGGGUAGCCGUUCAAAUGGUCCGCAAACUCCGGACGAAAAUGGCCGUCAUCGCUCUAUCGACAGUCACUCGAUCCGCUCAGUCUCGACGACACGCAACUACCGGCCGAUCCCGCCGCCCAAAGAAGGCAUUUUGCGCAGCGCUAGAUCUCGGGGAUCGACUCUGCAUCUCGUCACCACAACCGAAUCGCUGGGCUUGGGCGAUCACAGCGCUCCAACAAGCUCCCAACAGCAGGAUGACAAUAGCUUACAGAAGGCGAAGAAGAGGCCUAGCCAGGCCAUCAUCGCUCAUUGGAAAAACUGGACUCACUGGUUCAUUGAGAACACGACAAGAAGGCGACGUGGGCAUGAAAGGCGCGCGAGUCGAAGUGUGCCAGACUUGCAUAAGAAAGAAGGCAGCACCAAAAGCAGCAAUGAUGCCAGCCCUCGACCACAAACUAGCAAAUACCCAAACACGAAUUCCUUAGGGGCAAAUGCUACCGCUCCUCUUCCCAAGGGCGUCGUGGCAAAUGGACACCUGGCUAAGGCAAACGGAUCAUCUAGCUAUGGCUCUCUUCGAGGAAGUGUAAGCGGGCCUGUAACGACACCCUCCCAGCAUCCUUUGAGACCUCGGAUCGCCACCUCCCAGGCUUAUAAGCGUCAGUCACUAUCGCCAUCACCGCUGACACCCCGAGGCACUGCUGCCCGUCGUUCAUCGGCAGGCUUGCGAGGGAGAAAAUCGACAUCAUCUUCCGUAUCCUCCGUCCGGUCGAUGCACCACCACCAUCAUACCCACUCCAAGGCGUCUUCCACCAGCUCCACGGGCUCCGUGUCAACGUCUAAAACACCGCUAGGCCGUGGACACUCGCCUCAUCACUCGGUCAAAGUUCUCCCUGCGACGCCCACAGGCACAUCUUUCCCUUCCAACAUUCGUCUUGUUCGCAUGCCGCCUGCCCCACCGGUGAGCUCAUACAAUGAAGGCAUGCCGGGCCAGGCUCCUGGGUCACCCAAUCCUUUUGCGUCGGGUGUCAUGUUUGCGAAGCGAAAGAAGAAUCUCUUCAAGGGUCCAAAUCUCAAUUUCGGAGCUUCUCAUGGACCAGUACGAAAUGCGGCAACCGGUCCCCAUUCUCAUUCUCGUAGUGGUAGCGCCUCGGGAUUGGGACGCCGUUCUGGAGAGAUUACAAUUCAGGAAGAGGAUGAAGACCACAUGGGCGGUGUUGACGAGGAAGAAGAAAUUGAGGAGGUGGAUGCGUUUGGCCCAGUGAUUGGAGGCCCGGGGGAGAUUAUUGAGGAACAGAUCUUCGAAGAUGAAGCGACGACUCCGACGGCGGACGUACACAGCCCUUCUUCGAGAAUUUCUCCCAGAAACACUUCAAUACUCGCGUAA